AAGGAAACAAAGUAGCAAGAGAGCGGGCAACAACAGCCAGAGUAGCAGCAAUGGCUAACGGUACCAGCUAUGCUGCGUCAUCGUCUGCGUCCUCGUCAGGGACUAGUGGGACUCAUUUGGGAAUGCCAAUAAGUUCCACAAGUUCCACGGGCACUUCCGGUUCAACAGGUUCUAGACAGUCUUCUAGUCAAAUGGCGGACUCGCAGUUCAGCCCGUUGACCCCGCGUGAGAGGGAGCUCAGGGAUAUCCAACAGGUCGAGAGGCUCCGCCAGCAGUUAGAGGAGGAUCUGAAGAAAGCUACCGAUAGAGAAAAAGAGAUAAAAGGUAGAGCGGCCAGACUUGAUACGUUAGAGGCUGACAAGGCUACGUUAGAGGGAUUGGACGAAACGGGUUUGUCUGACCCCCUGAAAGUGUUGAAGAACAACAUGUUGUCACUGCAUGCGCGCGUAGACAGCAGGAUGGACUUCAUGCAAAGCACUUUGGACCAGAUCCUAGAUGCAUUGACAAAACCAGGAUUCCGGCCACCAGCACAAUCGUCGUUGCCGUUAACGGCGAUGUCAAGCCCCUUUGCCGUACAAGUUGGCACACAGCCAAGUGGUAAAUCUGCAGCAGCAGCACAGACUGUUGCAUCUUCUUCUUCGGGUCCAGCGGUGAUUGCUACAUCACCACAACAACCUGUUCAGCCAUCUGGACAGCAGCAAGGUCAAUGGUAUCCCAAGACCCCAAUGAAACCGCCUCUUGCCUUCUCAAGCGAGAGAAAGGACGAAGAACUCAACACAUGGUUGAGGACAGUCCCGGUUUGGGUGAAGGCAAAGAGGACCUUGCCUGAGGACGAAGUGGUAACUGCGGUGUCUUACCUAGAGGGUAAGGCAGCCAAAUGGUUAGAUGGUGUAGUUGUGAAGGUCGGGUACGGGCGACGCAUGGCGGAUUGGGCUAAGUCUUUGACUCUAGACCAAUUCAUGGAAAUGGUAGAAGCUCGAUGGCAUAAUCCACAGGAGGCGCAAAGGGCCACUGAUGCCAUUAACAAACUGGACCAACGCAAGUUCAGGUCAGUUAGGGAGCUUACGACUACCGUUGAGAGCCUGAUCCUCGUCCUAGGCAUCGACUACAGUGACCAGUUCCUGCUAACUACAUUUGUUAGAUGUUUACUUGAGAACAUCAGGAACUUACAGGCCAGCGAGGCACACACUAUAUACCAUUCGUUUGAGACAUUGUCUAGGAAGGCUUUAGAUUUGGAGGCCACUCUAGGCAAUGCUCAACCCACCUCACAGAAUGACUCAAAGAAGAAGAAGAGUCCUCAGGAGUGGAAAAAGAAGGGAGCAAAGUUGAUGAUGGUUGAGUUUGAUGGGACUCAAACUGAGAUUGAUGAACUCUCUGACUUGAUGGACUAUUCAGAGCAAGACGGCGAGGAGGUAGUUGAGGGUAGCACCCUUGCCGCAGUAGUAAAGACUAAGGCAGGUGGCCGAGGGAAGGGCCAACCUAGGGGUCAAGGAAAGGCCGCCUCCAAUCAGACCAAACAGGCUGAUUGGGUUAAGGCAGGUCUUGAUCAAGACGUGUGGCAUGACCGCCGAAUGCGUGGCGCUUGUAUCAACUGCGGGGAAUACGGACACACGCAGUACAAGUGCCAGAACGCAAAGGUUACUCCAAAGAAGCCAUUCAUAGUGACCACUGACGCAAGCCAAUACGGCAUUGGCGCAGUGCUGGCUCAGCAGGAUGGGAAAAAGUUGAGACCGAUUGAGUACAUGAGUAAGAAGAUGUCAUCGAAGAAGCUGGCUAAGUCCACCUUCGAAAGGGAACUCUAUGCUCUCUACAAGGCACUUGUCCAUUGGAGACACUUACUUUUGGGAAGGUUCUUCUAUCUGAGGACUGAUCAUCAGAUCCUCAAAUGGAUCAAGACUCAACCGGCUCUUUCUGAUGCACUCAAGCGAUGGAUUGAGGYCAGAGACCAAUAUGACUUCAAGCUUGAGUACCUGAAGGGAGAGUACAACAAGGUUGCAGACGCGCUAUCCCGUAGAGCAGACUACCUAGGUGCGCUAGUUUUGGAAUUUGGCGUAUCUAAUGAAGUAACUCAAUCAUUGGUGGGAGCCUAUCAGGAAGACCCUGUCACGAUGGACAUCUUCAGCAAACUUCAGGCAAAAGACAAGGCCACAGAAAGUGAGUUUGUGAUGGUGGAUGGGUUAAUCUAUCUUGAUAAGGCCGGAGUAAAGAGAUUGGUUGUUCCAUCUAGUGAACAGUUGCGUAGUUUAUUUUUAGGCGAAUGUCAUGACGGAACUGGGCAUUUUGGCUACAAGAAGACGAGUGCUAACUUAGUACAACGAUUUUGGUGGCCUAGAAUGUUAGAUGACGCAAAGAAGUAUGUUAAGACCUGUCACGUCUGUCAGCGGGACAAGCCGCGAACUCAAGCACCGCUUGGGUUAUUGGAGCCUUUACCUAUUCCUGAUGGUCCAGGAUUGAGUGUUUCCAUGGAUUUCAUGGACACUCUUGUGACCAGCAAGAGUGGUAAGAGGCACAUUUUCGUCAUCAUUGACCGAUUCACCAACUACAUUAGACUAAUACCAAUGCCAGAGACAGCCAGGACAGAAUACGUCAUCAAGUUGUUCAAGGACAACUGGGUAAGGGACUUUGGUUUACCAAAGACCAUCAUUAGUGACCGAGACGUCCGAUUCACAAGCACACUUGAAUACGGUGUGCAAUAUGAGAAAUUGCUGCAAGAUGUUGUUGAACAUAUGAAGAAGGCUCUGCAAGCCAUGAUCGCUUAUGAGAAUCGCAGACAAUCCACAUUUCAGGUAGGGGAACGUGUCUGGGUCAAGGCUAGUGAGUUAGGACAAGAAUUCGGAAUAUCUCGCAAACUAAUGCCACAGUACUUUGGUCCCUGGGAAGUCUUGGAUGUAGUGGGAGAUGAAAUGGAUGGUCCUACGUACGUCAUUCGUGUCCCUGGACACCUACGCAUUCACCCAGUCUUCCAUGCCUCAAAGCUUGCACCUUUCGCUGAGACUGAUCAAUUCCCUUCCAGGAGAUCGAUGCUGCCCCCAACCAUGGAUGGACAAGUCGACAUCGACGAUAUUCUGGAUCACAGGGAUAUGCCUGUUCCGAAGCCGCUGGGUCGAGAAAGACCUCCUAAACCCAAGAGGGAGUACCGGAUCAGAUUCAGGCAUCAUACGGAUCCGAAAGAAGAUUGGUGGUUUACCCGGGAGGAACUGAUGGAAACAGCUCCUCAGGUGGUGGCUGAUUAUGAACGGAAGCUAAAAGGGAAGGCACCUGCGAAGUAAGCAUCUCAGCGGACUUUCGAAGCUAAGGUGGAUGGAAUGUGAGGAUUUAGCCCUCAUCUAGGGGCCUUGCCAUGAUGUACAUGUUUUGGGCUAAGGCCCUAGCAAGCCUCGUGCCCGCCCUAAGUGAAGGUGGGCUAGCAAAUCAACAAGAGCCCUUUGU